CAUUCACCCGAGGAGGACGCGCUUUGACGAGUUCCUCCCCGGCCGGCCUCACGCGGACUCAGCCGGACCGGAGGCGCGCCACACAAGUGCGCAGCUCAGCAGCACUCUUCCGGCGCCCGCACCAGCGGCCGACGCGACAGCCAUGUCGGCCCGCGAGCGCCUCGCGGCCCAGGACGCGCAGCUCGAGCGCCUCGGCGCCGGCGUCGACCGCAUCCGGAACCUCGGCGAGACGAUGCAUGACGAGACCCGCCAACAACUGGGCUUGCUGGAUCAGUUGGAGGGCGACGUCGACAAGACGACGUCCGGCAUCCGCGAGGAAACGAAGCACGCGGAAGACGUCGCCGUGAGCGGCCAGACCUUCUACAUGUACGUCUGCAUCGCGAUCCUGAUCCUGGUCAUGGUCCUCGAGCUCAUCAUCGGCCUGCAGUAGGUAGUAGGCCACCCCUGUUCGUUAAAUCUUGAUAGUUAC